AUGAAUGAGGAGCCUCCCGAUAGACUCGACAUCACUAAUGUCAAGCUCAUCGCCUCCUACAACUGGCUCGACUGCAAAGAACCCACGAUUCUAGUCCCGGACUGCCGAUCCCGCGCCUUGGACCAAAACGCUCUUCGCAACUACGAUUUCACCAGCGUCGACCUCAUUACAGAUCGCUGGGCGUUCAGUCAACUCCUCGGCCAUUUCGGCAAGCUGCGAGAGAAGGGCGCCGCAUUCGGCUUCCAGGCUCAGGUCAUCGGCAACACAGUUGUAUUCAUGUCCAACGAUGCUGGAAAAGCUGAAGUCAUUGGCACAAACCCAAGAUCCUUUAAAGGCUUUCGUGAUAACUUCGGCGCAGAGUAUCUACAGUAUCGAGCCGAUUGUGCAGAGAGUGUCUCUCACUAUGGCAUCGUUGAGUACGACCUUGAUGGUAUCAAGAUCCUGUUGCGCCACAAGGUCAACGGCUUCCUCGACGAGAAAGCUCCGGAAGCUCUGAUAGACUUGCUGUCGCUCGAAGUUGCCGUCCCAGGAGAACUCAAGGAUUCGAAAGGAGAUAUUAUAGUACGUAGUGCUGGCUGUCUGGUCACUCAAGCUGCCCAUCUGGAGCUUUCCACUGCGAAGUCUGUCAACACCGUGGAGAAAUAUCUGGAGAAGGAAAUGCCAGAGCAGUGGAUAUCUCAGACACCAAACUUCAUUCGUUGUAGUGCUGGACUAUCCUCCUCUGCGCAGAAACGUCGCCACCAUGCGUGCCGUAGUACGAGAGACUGA